AUGUUAUCUCUCACCCUGGAAGCUGAUCUCGAGGGCGUUACUGCCCUCCAGCCUACUGAUACUGAGGAGAACCCUUACUACUACACCUUCCGUGUCACAUGCACUUCUUGUCAUGAGACGCACCCUAACUGGGUUUCGUUCAAUCGCUUUGAGACUCAUGAGAUUCCUGGUAGCCGGGGAGAAGCUAACUUCGUGUGGAAGUGUCGUCUUUGCACUAAAACCCACUCUGCAUCUAUCCUCAACGCACCCAAGGCCUACGAAGCCCAAGAGAAGCGUACCUCCCAAAAGAUCAUUGAAAUGGACUGCCGUGGUCUCGAGUUCAUCGAGUUCAAGCCCGACGGUGACUGGGAAGCCAAGGCUGCCGAGUCUACUACCACCUUCUCGGGAAUUGAUCUUCUCGAGGGAGAGUGGUACGACUAUGACGAGAAGAAGGGCGAGGAAGUCAGCAUCAAGGAGCUGACUUGGAAGGUUAGCCGCUAA